CAUGUUGGGGUUCAAAUCCAAAUUAUCCAACCCUAAAUCCAGCGUCGUUUUCCAUCUUUAUACUCACAUCCUCAACUAUCUCCUCCCCGAGGAAUACGACGAACAGCUUGAGUUCAAUGCCCUAGAGCAUCUUGAGAAUCCCGAUCUUCACGUUGGAGCGGUUCCUGUUAUUAAGCUGUACAACAAGAUCAUAGAAAUGCUUAAUGCUCUUGAAUGUCCUCAGAAAUAUUCAUUCAACUUUGCUGAUCUUCUCAAACCUGAUCCUCGUCGAACUGAGUUUUUCCUCGGUGCACUUCUCAGUUUCUGCAUCCAUUGGAAUGAGAUGAUGAAUUCCACAUCACCAAUUAUUGAAGAAAUCAACACUUUGGAAGACGAGAGAGCCAAGAUUGAAGAGGAUAGGAUUAUGCAGUUGACAUUGGCGAUUGACGAAUGCAAGGAAGCGAGGGGAAGGGAGAUGCCUUAUGUUCAGGAGGUCGAUGCACAUGUGAAAGAGCUGCGUCAAAAUAUUGCAAACCUGAACAACAAACAAAUGUCGUUGAGGACUGAUUUAAAGAAGUUGAAGGAGAAAACUGUGGAAAUGGAUGAUAAGAUUUCUGAUGCUGAAUAUAGACUGAUACAAAGUGUUCAAGAGAAUGCAAAUCUACAUUCAAAAAUUGUUCAGUCGCCUGAUAAAGUACAGAGGGCUUUGGAGGAAAAGAAAUUAGCUCGAGAGAAGGCAAGAAAUGCUGAAAGGUUAGUCAUGCACAAUUUCCACAAGAAGACUGCCCUUGUUGAAGUUUAUGCCAAGGUAUACAAGAAAAUGUCGAAUCACUACAAGAAGGUGCAGGCUAUAUAAGAACAGGCCUAUUCAGCUAAAUCUAUUGAAAAGGGUCAUAAAGCAUUAAAGGCUAAACUUGAUGAAGAAGAAGUUAUGGAUAAGUCCCUUGAGGUCAACUUUGUUGAAAGGCAAAGUUAUAGUAAAUUCUUGUGCAAACACGCAAUGCUGGUAUUCCAUUUCCAAAUGGUGUUCGCUAAUUACCUUUCACUGAGGCAUGAUUUUUAUCAUGUUGUUGUUGUUGCUGUUGCUAUUGCUGUUGCUGUUGUUGUAAACAAUUUUACUAAUCUUGUAAAACUGUUUAAUAUGUAUUCUGAAACUAUUUGGCAAAGAGCUGUGACAUUGAAAUAAGAAGGAGACAUGUUGAGGCUGAGUAUUCAAAGGUGGAUGCGGUAAAUAGUAGAAUUACCUUGGCAAAAGAAUCUGCAACAAAAAAAGUGGAUCAGUUAGAUAGUAAAUGCGAAGAGAUAGAAAAAGAGUUUCACAAGUAUGCUAACUCCAUUGCACAUGCGAUUGAAACUAGGCAAAAGUGCGACCAUUAAGUAGCUGGAUUUGACAAUAUGGAUUCCAUUUAACUAUGGACUAAGCUUGCCAUCCAAUGUUGAGCACGUCAUCCAAACUCCGGUAGAAAUCGUAGUAAUUUUUUAUUUCUUACCCUAAGACACACGUGUAAAGUUUUAUGACGGUUGUGUUUGUUAGGUGUUCACUUAACAGGCCAGUCAGUGAUUGUGGUUCUAAGUGUUUCUCAACUUUAUAUUUCAAAGGGAAACAAGGUUCUUCUCAGAUUUUUAAAGUUUUUAGUAAUUGUAAAAUAAUGUUUAGGAAACAGUGUGUAAAUGUAAAUAAACAGUGAGUAAAAUACGCUCCCCGCUCCUAAAAGAUACUAAUAUUACACUCCCUCCCCGCUUGUUUGAAAAUGCACACUCCCCUCACUUGCUAAAUAAAAUGUAAUACAAUUUGAUCCAAUUUUAGAUUUUCUGUUAA